GCGCGGGGGCGGCACCGCCCGGGUGUGAGGGGCGGGGCGGGGCAUGGCGCCGAGAUCCCCGCGGCCCGGUCCGGUUCGGUCCCCCGCGGGGCGGCGGGGAGCGGCCGAAGAGCCCCGGCGGCCUCUUCUUCUGCCGCUGCCAGCACGGGGGAGGACAGCAGCUAGAGGGAGCUCCUCCGGACUGCAUCUGCCCGUGCGCCCCGGUUCCUUUCAUAGGCGCCCCCGCCCCCUCCCCUCCCUCCUUCCCCCGUGAUGGCGGAGGACAGCGAGUCUGCGGCCAGCCAGCAGAGCUUGGAGCUGGAUGACCAGGAUACCUGCGGCAUAGACGGCGACAAUGAGGAGGAAGCCGAGCACGCCAAGGGAAGUCCUGGAGGAGAUUUGGGAGCGAAGAAAAAGAAAAAGAAGCAGAAGAGAAAAAAGGAGAAACCAAAUUCUGGAGGCACCAAAUCAGACUCUGCGUCUGACUCCCAGGAGAUUAAAAUUCAACAGCCUUCAAAAAAUCCAGCCAUUCCAAUGCAGAAGCUUCAAGACAUCCAGAGAGCGAUGGAGCUGCUCUCUGCAUGCCAAGGCCCAGCAAAGAAUAUUGAUGAGGCUACCAAACGUAAAUACCAGUUUUGGGAUACGCAACCUGUACCUAAACUUAAUGAAGUUAUAACUUCACAUGGUGCAAUUGAACCAGAUAAGGACAAUGUCCGCUUAGAGCCAUAUUCUUUGCCACAGGGUUUUAUGUGGGACACAUUGGAUCUUAGCAAUGCUGAAGUUCUGAAGGAGUUAUACACGCUGUUAAAUGAGAAUUACGUAGAAGAUGAUGAUAAUAUGUUUAGGUUUGAUUAUUCACCUGAAUUUCUUCUGUGGGCACUACGUCCUCCGGGCUGGUUACCCCAAUGGCACUGUGGGGUUAGAGUGUCUUCAAACAAAAAACUGGUAGGAUUCAUAAGUGCCAUUCCUGCAAAUAUUCGUAUUUAUGACAGUGUGAAGAAAAUGGUAGAAAUCAAUUUUUUGUGUGUUCAUAAGAAACUGAGAUCUAAACGGGUAGCACCUGUACUGAUUCGGGAAAUAACCAGAAGAGUAAACCUGGAAGGAAUUUUUCAGGCUGUUUACACUGCUGGAGUGGUACUCCCCAAACCUGUGGCCACUUGCAGGUAUUGGCAUCGAUCACUGAAUCCCAGAAAAUUGGUGGAGGUGAAAUUUUCACAUUUGAGUAGAAACAUGACUCUACAAAGAACAAUGAAGCUCUACAGACUUCCUGAUGCCACAAAGACUUCAGGUUUGAGACCAAUGGAACAAAAGGAUACUAAAGCAGUACAAGAAUUAAUCAACACUUACUUGAAACAGUUUAAUCUUGCUCCUGUGAUGGACGAAGAAGAGGUAGCCCACUGGUUCCUGCCUCGGGAUCACAUUAUUGACACUUACGUAGUAGAGGGCUCAAAUGGUAUUUUAACAGACUUCCUGAGUUUCUACACAUUACCUUCAACAGUGAUGCACCAUCCUGUUCAUAAAAGUCUCAAAGCUGCCUAUUCCUUUUACAAUAUUCAUACAGAGACCCCCCUCUUGGACUUAAUGAAUGAUGCGCUCAUUAUAGCUAAAUUGAAAGGAUUUGAUGUGUUCAAUGCACUAGACUUAAUGGAAAACAAAACAUUCCUGGAAAAACUCAAGUUUGGGAUUGGAGAUGGAAAUUUGCAGUAUUAUUUGUACAACUGGAGGUGUCCUGGCAUGGAAUCCGAAAAGGUUGGUCUUGUAUUACAAUGAGGACAUUUAUGUUUCUAGAACUCUGAAGUCAUCGUUUGAGUUAAUUUGAUCUCCAUAACUCUUGGAACGGUAUUGUUCAAGAGGAGUAAAAGCACAACGUCAGUGAUACUGAAAUAGUCCAUUAAACCUGAACAAUGAAGACAUCCAUACGUGACCAAAUUUUCAGAUAGCUCAGAAGGUCCGUGAAACUCUUUUAUUGUCCAUGAAAAGAAUAAAAGCACAUUCAUUUAA